AAAUUGCUCACUCCUCCAGUGCUUAUUUAUACCUCCCAUCCUUGCCGCUUCUCUAUCUUCCCUCUCUCUCCGCCAUUUCCAUCACCUCUCGCAAGAAAUUCGAACAGUAUUACAGUGAGAGCGGCGUUCCCGCAUUCGCAGUCCGAUACCGGAGCUGAGGCCGACGACGAUGGGAGCUUCCUCCAACGACGGUUACUGCGCCUCCAACUAUGCGUCUUACUGCCAGAAUCGCAGAUUCUCGAAGGAAAUCCUCGACAACGUCCAUGGCACCAUCUACUUGGAGCCGAGAUCAUUCUCUUAUUAGCUACCUUUGUUUCUGGAAGGAAGGGUUGGUGAGUUUGACGAUGGAUUCUGUUUCUCUUCAUUGUGUUUCAGCUUGCUCUGAAGUUCGUCGAUACUGAACAAUUUCAGAGGCUUCGGGAUCUCAAGCAACUUGGACUAACAAACAUGGUGUACCCUGGAGCAGUGCACACUCGGUUCGAGCACUCGUUAGGGGUGUACCAUUUGGCUGGAGAAGUAGCUUAUCGUCUCAGAGCUCAGCAGGAUCCGGAAUUUCCCAUUGAGGAUUUUGAUAUAAAGACUGUGAAGCUUGCUGGAUUAUUGCAUGACAUCGGCCAUGGACCAUUCAGCCACACUUUUGAGCGUCAAUUUCUUCCUCUGUUUCUUAAUGGCGCCUCAUGGUCUCAUGAGGACAUGUCUAUCAGCAUGAUAGACUACAUUGUUGACAAGCACCACAUUGACAUUGAACCAGAAUGCCUAAAGAAAGCAAAGGAAAUGGUCGUCGCAAGUACUGAACAUGGUUCUCACAAUAGUCCCACUGGAAAGCAGUUUCUCUAUGACAUUGUUGCAAACGGCCGGAAUGGAGUAGAUGUUGACAAGUUUGACUACCUUAUUCGGGAUUCGCGGGCUUGUGGAGUUGGCUGUGGUUUUAUGUUUGGGAGGUUAAUGGGAUCCAUGAGGGUUUUGGGUGAUGAGAUUUGUUACCGUGCCAAAGACUAUCUCACGGUAUACAAUCUGUUUUCGACUCGAGCAGAAAUGCACCGCACAAUCUAUACACAUGCUAAAGUGAAGGGGAUAGAACUCAUGGCUGUUGAUGCCCUAACCAAAGCAAAUGAGGCCUUUGGAAUUGCUGACGCUGUUCAAAACCCUGGAGAGUUUUGGAAGCUGGAUGACACAAUAUUGAAAAGAAUUGAAGUUGACGAAAGACCAGAACUCAAAGAGGCCCGAGAUUUGGUUCUACGCAUCAGGAGAAGAGAUCUAUACCAGUUCUGCAAUGAGUUUGCGGUUCCAAAGGAAAAUCUAGACCACUUCAAGGACGUCACUCCACAGGACAUUAUAUGCUCCCAGAGAUCUAGUGAUGUUACACUCAAGGAAGAAGAUAUUGCUGUGAGCACUGCCAAGAUCGACUUAACCCGUGGAAGUUCCAAUCCUCUUGAGAGUCUAUUCCUUUCUCAGGACUAUGACAGCACGGACAGCUUCACGAUACCAGUGGAGCGCAUCAGUCACUUAGUCCCUGCUGUUUGUCAGGACAAGAUCGUGAGAGUCUACGCCAAGAAGCCUGAACUGGUGGAAGCAGUUUCUCAGGCCUUUGAGAACUUCCAGAUGACUACAUAUGGGGUGAAAGCAAUACUUGCCACUCCUGAGAAGAAGAAGAACCGCAAAAGGUUAUUCCCAUACUGAGAAAAACUCCCCAGCCCCACCCCGCUGCAGGAACUACGUAAAUGAUUCAUGAUCGUAUUGGUGCGUUUAGAUCAUACCAACGUAUAGAAAUUUUGCUAUACUACUGAGCACUGAGACCACACACUGAGUUUGACAAGUAACCAAUGAUCCAAUACCGCAUGUGAUGUAAAGGAAUUUUUUGAUUCUUUAGGCCUGUUAAGAAACUGCAUCGGCCACCAUUUUGGAUGUUGCUUUACGGAAUCAUAUUGCAGAUGAAGCAUGACUCUUCUCUUAUUGGGGAGCCUGUACUGUUUGUAUGUCGUUCUGUUGAACUCUUAUGGGUAAUUGACUUAGUUUUGAUCUGGUAAGAGGAUUUUUUUCUCUU